UAGGGCUGAGGUCACACGUGUUGAGUUGAGAGAGCACAGAGAGAAGCACCCUUACCCAACAAUCCAUCACAAGGACCUGAUGAAGCAGAUGCAGCACACAGAGACACAACCAGACCACAAGACUCAUGAUGUCCAGAGUCAGACAGAGGAACAGGAGCAGGGUGCGGAGGGGGGGAAACUGGCUGCAGAGGAGCAGCAGCAGAAACAGCAGCCAGGCUUUGACAUGAUCUACACCAUAGAGGAUGUCCCGCCUUGGUACCUCUGUAUUCUACUGGGCCUCCAGCACUACCUGACGUGUUUUAGCGGGACCAUUGCUGUGCCCUUCCUGCUAGCGGAGGCCAUGUGUGUGGGAAAGGACCAGUACACAGUCAGUCAGCUGGUGGGAACCAUCUUCACCUGCGUGGGAAUCACCACGCUUAUACAAACCACCUUUGGAGUCAGGUUACCUCUUUUCCAGGCCAGUGCUUUUGCUUUCCUCAUCCCUGCUCAAGCCAUCCUAGGGCUUGAUAGAUGGAAAUGUCCCUCUGAAGAGGAGAUCUAUGGGGACUGGAGUCUUCCUCUGAACACCUCCCACAUCUGGCACCCAAGGAUGAGAGAGAUCCAGGGUGCCAUCAUAGCAUCCAGUGCCGUGGAGGUGGUUAUCGGGCUGGUGGGUCUCCCUGGUAUCCUGCUGAACUACAUUGGGCCCCUGACCGUCACCCCCACCGUGUCCCUCAUCGGCCUGUCUGUCUUCCAGACCGCUGGGGACAGAGCCGGCUCUCACUGGGGCCUCUCAGCACUGUGCAUCUUCCUCAUUGUGCUGUUUGCUCAGUACCUGAGGAACUGGUCUUUCCCUCUCCUCACCUACAACAGGAAGAAAGGCUUCAGCACCGUCAGGUUCCAGAUCUUUAAGAUGUUCCCGAUCAUCAUGGCCAUCAUGUUGGUGUGGCUGCUGUGUUACAUCCUGACCCUGACCGACGUGCUGCCCAGUGACCCCAGCCAGUACGGACAGAAGGCACGCACCGACGCCCGUGGUGACAUCAUGACCCUCUCCCCCUGGUUCCGCGUCCCCUACCCCUGUCAGUGGGGGUUGCCCACAGUGACCAUCGCCGGAGUGCUGGGCAUGUUCAGUGCCACACUAGCUGGCAUUGUAGAGUCUAUCGGGGACUAUUACGCCUGUGCUCGCCUCUCAGGGGCACCUCCGCCACCUGUCCAUGCCAUCAACAGGGGUAUCUUCACAGAGGGUGUGUGUUGUAUUAUAGCAGGACUGCUGGGUACAGGAAAUGGCUCCACCUCCUCCAGUCCCAACAUUGGAGUUCUGGGAAUCACUAAGGUGGGCAGCAGGAGAGUGGUGCAAUACGGUGCAGCCAUAAUGUUCCUGUUAGGAACAGUGGGGAAAUUCACUGCCCUCUUCGCAUCGCUGCCUGACCCCAUUCUAGGUGGCAUGUUCUGCACCUUGUUCGGUAUGAUCACGGCUGUGGGCUUGUCCAACCUGCAGAGCGUAGACCUCAACUCCUCUAGGAAUCUCUUUGUCCUCGGUUUCUCCAUGUUCUUCGGUCUCAUGCUGCCCAGUUACCUAGACUUGCACCCUGGCUGCAUCAAAACAGGAGUUGCAGAGGUGGAUCAAAUCCUCACAGUGCUCCUAACCACUGAGAUGUUUGUUGGAGGCUUUCUGGCGUUUGCGCUGGAUAACACCAUCCCAGGCACAAGGAAGGAGAGAGGGCUGUUGGACUGGAAGGCUGAUGAGAGCAGUGGGGGAAGCUCAGCGAACAUGCAUACUACUUACGACUUCCCUAUUGGAAUGAGCUGCGUCAGGAAGAUCAGCUGCCUGCGCUAUCUCCCCAUCUGCCCCAGCUUCCAAGGCUUCAGGCAGCGCAGACGGAAGGACAGCAUGCAGGAAAACAAGGAGGAUGAAUUAAGAGAGAGGACUGAGAGUGUACGCAUGGACACAACAAUGAACUUGUCCUGCACCAAAGUAUAGUAACAGUCCAAUGAUUCAUCUUUAUAUUAUUUUUAUACUGAGCUGUGUUUUUCACAGCUAUUUAUUGUUUUGGACACUUACAGAUAUAAUCGAGAAAUUCAAGGUCUGCAAUUGGAAAUCAGGACCAUGCACAAUGAUGGCGAUGUUGUUUAAUGGUGAUGCAUUGUUGUGACUGGAAUAUUAUUUAUUAGAGCACAUUCCUCACCAUUUAUUUUGGUGGUUUGGUCUACCAUCACCAUUUUUAUACUCACCACUACGUAUUUACAGCGUCUUAUGAUUGAUCUAUGCUGAAGAACAAAGAGCCAUAUAUUCAGAAGCAUACUGACCCUUAUGCUUGUAUGUAGACUGUAUCUGAAGAAGCAGAGACAACAUUAGCAGUGUUUUUUUAUUAAGUCUUUAUUGUGUACAAAAUGAACAAGUGAUUAUAGUGUAUCUCAUCUAAUGAUCUGAACACAAGCAAAUCUGAGGUAAUGCAAAACGGUUAUGAUAUAAAAUGAAAGUGUAAUAUAUUAAAACAUUCCUAUUUUUGACUAUGUAAAAUGUUUGUUUACAUUAUUAAGGGAUACAAUAAAAUGUUAAAACAGA